CAAUUGGGAUGUUUGCAGAAUGCCUUAAUUUCCCCCUGGUUAUUUUGUGGCCUCUGAAUGCUCUUCUUCCCUCCACAGUCCAACCAAUUCAUUAUACAUUCUCCAAAACAUCUUGAAGAAAGUGGCUGGCUUGCAGGAGGGCUCCUUCCUCUUGACCCACCUGGCGGGAGACUCCUCGGCCUCCAUCUACAAGAGCUCGGACGGCAUCGCCACUCGGGCAAUGUACAACCUGCACGCUGCGCACACCGACCUGCCCCCCGCCCCGGCUGCCCUCUCGGUGCCCUGGGUCCCCCUGGACCCCGACGUCCCGCUGCCACAUCACUUUGCUCAGGGCCGCGUCCCGUGCACUUUCCCUCCGAGGCCGGACGAGGGCGCCAGGAACGCCAAGAUGAGGAGGGAAGGCAAAGCUUUCCCGGGCACGCCCAGCCGCCGAGGGCCGGUCUCCGCGGGAUCCAGGGACGGUUCCUUGCAGGCUGAGCCUCCAAGAAAGAAGCCUGGGGCUGCCCAGGAUAAGGGCUCCAGGCCGGCAAGUCAAGGCCCAAAGCGGAAAUUCUGGAAAAAGAAGCGCCCCAGCUUGAGGCCGCCCGACUGAACCGCAGCCUGGCUGAACCGCGAAAGAGCUGCCUC